GUGAGGGGACAGGAGGGGCCCGGCUGCGGGGCCCCGUCCACACGUGUGUCGAGCAGGAUGUACGGCAGCAUGACCCGGGUGCUGCUGCUGCAAAGGAGCUGAUGGCAGUGAGGGUCAGUCAGGAAGUGCUUUCGGGUGGUCGCCCCCUGGCCGCCUUGGCCGCGAGCCCGGGCUGCGUCGUGGGAAGCAGCCGAGGGGCAGGUGGGGGGUGUUGUUGUGUUGGGCUGGAGGUGUUGUUGCUGCGCUGUGCUGGCAGCGGGGGAGGCCGGCGGGAGGUUGAGACGCCGGCCGCUGCCCGCACAAACGAAGUCAACAGCGAGCGGGAGAUAUAACCGGUAUUAUCCGGGGUUAGCAGGGCUGCAUGAUGAGCAGAGCACAUGCGGCGUGACGUACAGCUGGUAUCAGUCUUUGUGGCACGCAGUGGAGCCACAGGGGCCAGGUGGGGGGGUGCCUGCAUGGGGUUUUCGCAAGCACCUGGCCAGCCUCUGGGCGCUGUCCCUGGUAUAUGGUAUCAGCCAGCCCUAGGACCCAUGACAACGGUGUGCGGAUGUCUGCAGCAGCGCGCGGGUGGUGCUAGUUGCGUGCGUUGUGCUGGAAAGCCCCAAGCACGCGCAACAGGUGGCAACACGGCCUAUCACCAACUCCCCCCCAAGGCCUUCGUGGGGAUUGGGUCCCCACCUAAGCAUAAUUGA